CCCCCUUUGGGGCUCACACACUCGCAUAGAGUGCGCGUAUGAGAUAUUUUCUCUGUACGCCGCAAGGCUCGCAGUCUGUGAUGAACCCAAGUCGUGUUCAGUCGUCGUUUAUUGUGUUGAAUCCCCACGCCGUUUGGUCGUAUCCCACGUUUCAUUUCACUCCACAUCUAAACGAAAUCUGAUGGAUAACUUAAAGUAAAACAAUUGAAAAUCGUCUGUGUGUGUGUGCUUGAAAGAGUUGUCAGUGUGUACGGCGAAAAGAGAUUUACUUUGUUGUUGGCAGACGCUUUGGAUUUUUGUGUGUGUGUGUUGCCCCACCAUUAAGAGGGGAAAGGGGGUAGUAGAGAAUUUCCCCAGUGUGUACGAAGAAGAACACACACACAUACACACACACACACACACAAGAGAAUAACAGCACGAAAAGAAAGCCAAACACGGCCGUGGACUAUGUCAUGUGCAUCCAGCAGUCCGGUUGGUUUCGUCGCAUCACAUUUCUCAGCUCAAAAUUCUCCUGUUUUGACUUCAAUGAAAUCGGGCGAUGGAAGUCAGCCAUCACCUGCUCCUCGUUCAUCUUCUUCCUACAUGCUGAUGUUGAACAGCUUUGCGUCGGAUCUGGAUUCCAUCCUGAGUGACUUGAGUACCAGCCCUACUCUUCGAGGGAGUCAAGAACUGGUUGGAUCGCCGGAUCGAAGCGCGUCCGAAGUCGGGAAUAGUCCCGCGGUUUCCUGUCCCGACUUGCCCGCAUUCUCACAGUCGUGCGGUGAAGAUGCGGUCGACUCUUCAGAUAUUCCGCUACUUGAGAGACUCAUCCGAAGUCAUCCCAUUUGGUAUUUGCCCAAUAUCCAACGGGUAGCAGCCGCCCAGCUCCUUCAAAAUCAAGAACAAGGCGUUUUUAUUACCCGACAAUCCAGUCAGCCGGGCACAUUAGCGUUAUCAGUUAAAUUGACAUCUACCGUGCCGGAAGCUGGAUCUCGCCUUAGUAUCGGUGCUGCCUUUAUAGGCGCUGGUGUCCAGCAUUAUUUGAUUGAAGCCGCUGAAACUCCUCAAAACGGUGUCCGACUCGAAUCGUCUGAUUUCGUGUUCGAUAACUUGCCUGCCCUUUUGGCACACUAUUGCCAAUGUUGUGACGAACUACCCGUCCGUCUCAAAUUGCCGGCCAGAAUUCGCAAUUGUUCGAACCGUCCAAGUCUCACUUCUUUGGCUUCAUUAGGACAAGAAUUUUGGAACACGGGUGAAAAUAUUUUAACCAUUUCAACUAAAAGGGCACCACCAGUGCCGCCAUUAAGACUAUCCACAUUCGAACCGUUGCUUCCAGCGACUACUCCUACUACGCCCGAUGACCGGAAGAGUCAUUCACCUCGAUUGGAAGCUCGUGGUUCAGAGCCAGUGCCUCCGCCACCUCCCCCACGUUGGUGCAAACCUCAAUUGGCUAUUACGAAUUUCAAUCCUUCAUCGGAUUCAUCACUCGAGCCGGAAUCGCCCGUUUCUCCUAUUGACACCCCGUCGUUGUUGAAAGAAGUUGUUCCAGUUAUCGAGGAACAGCCACCGAUAAUCAAAAAGGAAGUUAAAAGGCACGUACAGAGGCGGAGGAAACCGCGCCGGAGAAGAUCGACGGCCCCGUUGUCUCCGCAUUGCCAUCACAGCAGUUUGGCGGAUAAAGCCAGCGAUUAUGAAGAUAUUUGGGGCACAUCACCCGGCGCUAGCCACGAUGAAGGUGAAGACGCUGAUGAAGGAUACGAUCCUCCACCACGGCCCGUUAUACUGGCCAAUGAAGAGGAUACGGCAUUAAGUGAUCGGCCGGAAGAUGAGAUCUGUCAUGAGAAUUAUUCUAGCACAAGUAGCAGUUCGAAUUCGACGUUGGAAAAGAUGACGUCAGUCAGCCCGGAUCGCAGACAAUCACCGUCGAUUUCGAGUAGUCCUGGACCAGAGUCGUUAGUAGACGUCAUAGAGCCGGAAGAGAUUAAACCACCGUCGCCUUUCCAGCAAAAGGAAGAGCCACAGAGAUUAUCAGUAACAAUUAUCGAAAUUCGAAAUAGUCCGGUACUUGAAAUCGAUCGUCAACCGAUCCAGGAGGAUAAGAUCCAAAUGCAGGUGGAAAACAAGGAAAAUGCAGAACCGGAUACGACGGAAAUUGUUGCCCUAGUUCGGAGACGGACGAGCUGUAGUUCGACAGAAAGUCGAGGAGAAACAAACAGCCGGAGAACAUCUCCUCUUUAUUCCGAACCGGCGGAUGCUUUACCUCCGGAAUUAGCCUGGAAACACAAACAACAAGGACGGCCAUUGCCUGUGCCGCCUUUUCCAUCCGCACCGACAACUGAUUUUAGUACAUUUACUAAAGACGGCUACGUCCGUUGCACUCUGCCCAGUUUAACAGCAUCGCAAUCGAAUCCCAGGGUCAACGUAUUGCCACCAACUGGACAACGUCCCAUUGUAAACAACAAUAGAGGCAAGCAGGUUACUAUGCCCAAGCCUCCAGUUCCAUCGACCGGUUCAACUACCGGUUCAUCCAUCACGACAUCGUUGCCCAUCGAACAACGUAAAGCUUUUCCAUCCGUCAUUUAUCUCCCAGCGCCUGGAGAAGAUUCGAUUACCAUACAGGAAGUUUUGACGACCUUGUACCCAUCGGCGGCCUUGGGCACUCCAUCGCGAUCGCCUGUUCCACCUCCGUCACAUCCUCAGUUGACUCGGAAUGUGGCCACGUCUCAUCUGACAAAACAACGCGUUUCUGCUUAUGAUAAUUUACUAUCAGGCUCGGCUGGUGAUCUGGAGGAAGCGGAUGAAGAGCCGGAUGAAGGAGAUAAUGAUUCGAGUGAUGAUGGAACCGUCACUGAAUUCUCAGAGCCUUGGGAUAGCGCUCGAUGGGAUAGACUUCUUUCAUCGCCAUCUAGUAGCAUCCGUGGAGGAACUAGCACAAUAGGCAGACGGAAGCGUUCUCUCCAUCUUGCCCAGCAACAUACGCUCAAUACGGGCAGCUCGAAUUCGUCGGACGGCGGAAUUGGCACACUCAGUGAUUUUGAAACGCUCAGACCAAUCGAUCCAGCGACGUCGACAAAAUCGAUAAACGAGGUUGCCCGACCCCCUUCCGGUUCACAUGCUCCGCUUUCCCGCACCCGCAGUUUCAAGGACAAAAUGGACCCAUUGUUGGCUUCCCCUCGAUUAUUAGCCUUGCGUUCCACGUGUAACAGCCAAGCUGGCAGAAACCUUCAGGUAUUGAUUCUUCAAUUGGGCAAAGAUUGUACCACCACAUUUGGUAGGAGUUUGCAAAAUUUCCUGCAAUGCACACGUGAAGCCAAGGAGCAACGGGCAGCUGCUGUUCUCCGCAAUGUCCGUCAAUUCAUUUCGGGCAUCAAAAAUUUUUUAGUUCAACACGGAGAGCCUGCGUUUGACUCUGCAUUACUCGACAUCCGCUCCAAACUCAAAUCGAAUGAAUUUCUCAAUGUCGAUGUUGUGUUGGAACUUGUCCUACAUCAGUUGGUGACGCUCCCACUUCGGUCGCAUUUGUACAAAUUACUGGGCCAAGAAGCUCUCGCUGCUGGAAGUGUCCAGCAAUUACUUGCCGGAAUCCGAGUAGCUCGUGAGAUUCAUCCCUCAAGUUUAGGAUUGAAAGAAGGGCAAACGCCCCCAUCGACGGACAUCUUGGAACGGGCAACAGCCAGCAUGGAUAGGCUCCAGCGAGCUGCAUCUCCUUUAGACAAGUUGGAACAAUUACUUGACGCAUGUACUGCCAUCUACAACCACGCAGCCGAGACAUGCGGUGAUUCCGUAGCGGCUGAAGAUUUCCUUCCGUUAUUGGCUUGGCUGCUGGCCCAUUGCGGUUUCUCGACGGCUGAAAUGGAAGCGGAUUAUAUGUGGGCUUUACUCCAACCUUCAUUGUUAGCUGGCGAAGGUGGUUAUUUCCUAACGGCCCUAAGCUCGGCUGCCCAGCUUUUGAAAAACCUUCAGUCGAGGCCAGCAUCGCCGUCUGAUUGCGGCAGCUGGAUGGGCACGCUCACUUCCAUACCCGGAGGCGACGUCUCUUCGUGCACGUCCAUCUCGACAUCCAUCCAAACGCCUUGCGUUCUUCGAGUUCUGGUAGCCGAUGAGAACCAGAGCAGUUUAUUGGCCCGCACCGUUCCCCUACGGCCAUCCAUGACAGUUCGUGACGUCACCAAAUUACUAGCCCUCAAACUGCGACUAUCCAACCCUCAGGACUUUACAUUGGUGGCUCUGGUCGACGGCCAAGAGAUCCAAUUACCCGAAACGGAAAACCCUCAGACAUGGAUUUUGGGCAAUGCAGCAGCGACAGCGGUGGCGGCUGCGGCAGUGACGGCAGCCGUGAAUGGAGGAGGAGCAAUUGAUCGACCCUGCACAACGUUUGCCUUCCGGCGUCAGGAUGCCAAGAUAGCAUGGCCCAGACAGAUCAACGGCUAAAAAACAAAAACAAAUGAAUAUUAAUUUAAAGAGUUAGAAAGGAAAAAAGAUUAUUUUUUUAUCUCCAUCGUGACGACAUGAAAACCCUAAAAAUGGGAGAAAACCCAAAACAAAACAAAAACAAUUGGUAAUUUUCUCCCUUUUUGGAUGCAACCCUAAAUGGGCACGGGUGGCACACAUAUAUAAUAAAUAUACAUAACAACGUGUGUGCCACACCUAUUCGUGUCGAACGAGGGCAGAGACACGACACGGGCGUAUGAAUCACCUAGCACAGCACCUGGCACGUAGAGCAAAUCUGGUUUAUCUGUUGGACUGUUGCUGUUCUUUAUGUGCACCACUAUUAUUUUAUUACUGUACCACUACUAUCUGAAAGGGAUUUGUCAUGCUUCGCCCAUUUUUUUCUGUUUCUAUUUUACCUGUUUUUAUUUUUUUGGUUUGAACGAUGACGACACCUAAUCCGCGGUUUUUGAUUUUUUAUGCAGACGAUUUCUCUCUUCACUCUUCUUUUUUUCUUUCCAUUUUUACAUAUAAAGAAAAUGAAUCAGCAUAGAUGAUUCAUUGAAUGAAAGAAACGGAACUUUAAAAAGACAAAAGAUAGAAAAUGUUGAAUGCUCAUUUCGCCAUGUAAUGUAAAAAUAAAAACAUGUGUGCUCAUGUGUGUGUGACGUUAUAAACAUGGCUUCUAACACACCCUUUAUACAUAUAUAACUUCUUUUACCAAUUACUACAUGCCUGUGCAAAAAUAUAUUCAAGAGACAAUGUU